GGAUUGAAGCUUUCAAUCCCAUCUAGCAAAUCGACCGCAACCCAACCGAAUCAGCAGACCCCACCUCAAGCAACCCAGUUGCCCGACCGAAAAAAAAACAUCGAGAAGAAUCAGCGACCGAUCAAUUGACACAAUGGCCGUCAAGCCCAUCGUUGGUAUGCUCCGUAGGGGCCUCAUCCUCGACCUCUCAAUUGGUCUCAGUCUUGGAACUGCCAUGGGCAGCCUCUACUGGUACGGAUACCACGUCCCGCGCACCAACAUGCGCGACAACUACUACAAGAAGCUCGAGGACCAGAGGGCUGCUGCGCGUGCUUGAUUGAGUGAAAUUGUGGGCGUGACGACGAAAAGAACAAAGUAGCAUCUCGUUGGGGAGAGGAUGACGGAAUAGACGCGAUGGGGUUUUGCUGAGUCGCAGCUGGCGAGGUAGACCUAUAGAUGGAGUCACAAGCAAUUCGCAACCUUACUUUUCUUUCUCCUCUUGCAACCGUCUUUACAACAAGGUUUGAUGUUUUAGACGUGAAAGAAUAUGAAAAUAUUUCGGUGGAUAUGACUUCUCUGUUCAUGAAAGGCAUGGAGAAGGGGAUGUUCAUCGUUGGGUCAUGACGGCAUAGAGCUGUCCGGACGCGCCCAUGACUGGCGGUGGGAGAUAUCUGUAAUUGGCUGGAUACCUGGUAUAUGGCAGAAUGCCUAGGGAAGAUGAUGUAUGAAUGCCCACUUCAGUACAUAGGACGACGAAUCUAGGGUUUAGGUUGGUCCAGAAGGCAUCGACGAUCAAAGGCCAUGUGGUCCAUAGAUUCCAAGAGCCAAGCAAGGUAUAUGUUAUCGUACAGGUAGGUAUCUCAACUCCAGUACGCUUUAUGCCAUGCCGAAGAUUUCCCGACUACUGGCUCCUUUUUGUCCACAGUAUGGACGAGACCUUUCGGAUUAUCGGCAGGACAACCUUCGAAUCCCUCCCAUGCAGUUGUCUCGACCAUAAACGGGCCCUUUCUGUCUUGACAUCUGCACUCAACAAACGCCUCACAGGCCAGCACGUGACUACCGACCCAGGCUCAUUGGGCCUCGCAACCUCGCAGCUGUGCUGGAGCAUGGACAGCAGCUCACAGUCGCGCCGCAGAUCGAUCCUGUUGUCGGGCGGAGCAGAACCUCCGGCCGGCGGCUUGCGCUUCUUGCCUUCCUCGUUGAUCUGCACCGCGUCGGGGAGCUUGGCGGCUUGAAAGGCCGUUAUCUGCGGCAUAUUCGGUAGGGGAAAAAAAAAGAAUUCGAUCUGUUUUUUUUCUUGGUAUAUUCUUUUUUUAUCCUUGUGUAACAAUGACGACGACCGGAUCUACCGGCGCCAGAAUGCUAGGGGAGAUUGAGGAGACGACGCUUGAAGAGGUAAGAUUUGCCCCUCUUCUAGAUUUAUUUGUUGUCUUCUUGGUUUUUCCCUAGAGCUCUUUCGAGUAAGUGAGUUGGAGUCGAUGAUGUUGAUGUCGUUGUCGAUGACGUUUGUGGAAGGAGAAGGAAAUGGAAAGGAUGCGCGAUUGUUUUAUUUUUUACGUUUCAACCAGAAAACUAUUUGGAUAAGCAUUAUUUUUGACAAGCCCAAGACAAGGAAUAUUGUUAUUAUUAUUAUUGUUGUUAAAUUGUUUAUAUGUUUUCAUAUGAAAUGCAAGUUGACUUUAAUUGUAUUUUAAUCACUGACAUUUCUUCCAGAUCCUCAAUUCACUUCGGUUAUCCAUCACUGCCCUCGAUGCAGAAACACAGCCUGUGUCGGGUCCAAACCAACCAUUGACAUCGAUAACAACAACUCUCGACAGCAAACGCAAGGGACCGCCACAACCAAAAGCCUUCCCCAUCGCACCUCUCAACGACCUAGCAGCCCGCCAUGGCCGCGCGACCGGCUCUGCCCUUGUGUCCAUCUCGGGUCGUCACCUCGCCCUGCUGCACCUCUUGAUCGCGACCCUGAUCGCUCCGCCGCACAGCAAGGCCGUCGUCGUCGUCGACCUCGAUGGUCGAUUCGACCCCAUCCGAGUCCUGCAGUGCACCCCUUGGUCGACGUCGUCCCCAGACAACGACGGCAGUGGCAUCACCAGGCCUACGCCGGCAGACCUCGCCCAUGUGCACGUCCACCGGCCCGCCCGCACCUCGGGCCCGCAGUCGGCGGUGAUCCGCGCCGCCGUCGCCAUCGCAGAGCAGCAUCUCGUGUACGGCCGGCAUGGCAGCGGCGAGCGAGAGUGGUGGGGGACCGUCGUGGUGGGUGGUGCCGUUGGUGCUGCCGCCGCUGCUGCUGGGGAUGGUGAGGAUGGGGUCGCCUCGGCGGCGGUGGACGUUGUCGCCGGCCCGAGGGGCUGGUUGCGUGUCGAGAGAGAGGAUGUUCCUGGGUUUGGGCUGGGUGUGAG